AUGUUCGCCAAAUCUAUCGUCACCGUCCUUACCCUCGCCGUCGCCGCUACCGCGACCCUGGACCCUGCCACCUCCAAUACCAAGGGCAAAUACCCUUCCAGCCCUAGCUGCUCCGUGACCAAGACCUCAAAGGCCAUCCAGGCUGCCGAGUGCAGCCACAACACCCGCGUCUCUGGCAAGCAGACCUUCGCCGUCUUCACCCAGGACCACCAGUACGACGGUAACCACGGCUACCCGUACGGCACAUGUGAAGCCUACACCUGCGCGCCUGGCACGGCGAUGAAGAGCAGCAAAGACAAGUGGACCUUCUUCUGGAGCAAUGCUGGUGAGAGCUCCGGCGAUGGCGCUGGGUGCAUCAAGAGCCCCAAAGAUGGCACAUGCGGCUGUGAGAACUCGGAUGGCACAUUCGUGUACGGUGCAAGCAACUGCAAGUGA